GUGCUAGUACAGUUUCUUCAAAUUGCUCAAUUAUGAAAACAAACAAAUAGUAUAAAAAGUGAGCCGGUUUUGGCUAGUGUCGUAUGACAGCGCUAGCGCAGUUGCCGACGUUGCCGUUGCUCGGAGAAACGGCAACGCGGUGAAAAUUCGCGGGAACUACAGAGUACAGAGAGGCCGAAAAAUCGACCAUUCGACUUGAACGACUUCUCUGCAUCGCCGGGCGACCCCAAAUUUUCAGUAUUCCGUUCGACGAAAUCCUCGACUCGACGUAACUCCGCUACCAAAGUCAUCCUCGGUAAAAGUAAAUUCUCAACAGUUAAAAGAAUCGUGUGUCGGAUCAGUGGUCCAUGAUGAGCAAUAGCGAGAAGCCAACGGGUAGUAUGCUGGAGGAUGAGGAGAACUCGGUGACGAUGCUGGACGUGCUCCAGGAGGAAAAUGCCCUUGAGGAGGAUGCUAUCGCCGUUCUAGGUGCUUCAGACGACCAGAAUUGCACCUACAGCAAGGGAUACAUUCGACAAGCCUUGUAUGCAUGUAAAACAUGCUGUAGCAGUGGUACAAGAGCUGCUAUUUGUUUUGCCUGUUCCCUUCACUGUCAUGAAGGACAUGAGCUUGUCGAACUUUAUACAAAGAGGCACGUCAGAUGUGAUUGUGGAAACUCAAAAUUUGGAGACAAAGCAUGCAGUCUUGAUACAUCAAAAACUUCUGAAAAUUCUGAAAACAAAUAUAACCAGAAUUACGAUGGUGUCUAUUGUACAUGUGCUAGGCCGUAUCCAGAUCCCGAUGAAACUGAAAGUGAUGAAAUGAUUCAAUGUGUUGUCUGCGAAGAUUGGUAUCAUUCAAAGCAUUUAGGCAAUAGUGACAAUUUGCCAGGUGAUAAUGAUUAUAGUGAAAUGAUAUGCGCUGGCUGCAUGAAAGCUCAUGAAUUUUUAUGGCGAUAUGCUACUAAGUAUUCUGUUUCAAAAGUCAAAAAGCCUCCAACAAAUACAGAAGAGAAAGUUGAGGUCGAAGAAAGUAAAGAACAGAAGAAAGAGUGUACUCUACCAGAAGCUGAUUUUCCUAAGAAGGAAGGAAGUUGCUUCUGGAUUGAAGGAUGGCGAUCUUCUUUAUGUACCUGUGAUAAAUGCAAAAAGAUUUACGAGGAGAAUUCAGUAUCAUAUCUUCUUGACCCGUUAGAUAGUGUACAAGCGUACGAGGAAGCGGGUAAGGCGAAUAAAAAUGAAACGCAGUAUGAAAAGGGAAUGAAGGCACUCGCUUCUCUGGGCCAUGUGGAGCAGCUGAACGCUAUCGUAGAGUAUAACAACAUGAAGGACAGUCUCAAACAGUACCUUCAGAAGUUUGUUGAAAAUAAGAAGGUCGUACGCGAAGAGGACAUCAAAGAGUUCUUCACUGGAAUGAAAUCGCAAAAGCGCCAGAAAGUCAUCGUUCCGUCUUUCUGUCGUUAAGCGAGAUCCGCGUGUUAAACACGAAAAAUUGAAUUUUAACAAUUUAAAAUUAGAUUUUAACUUUUGUAAGGAAUCUAUUUAAAUUUUAAAAAAGCUAAAAUUUAUAAACUAUAUUUUGGCAGCCUGUCUGAUCGAUGGCAGUAUUAUAUUUAGAUAUAUUUUUUUCAUUAUAAUGGUUCGUGGAAGCAUCACUUGCGUCAAGCUGCGAAGUCACCGUUCCGAUUUUGCAGUUUACAGCAAAAUCCUGACAAUUUAUAAUAGAUUUUAAAAAAAGUUUAGUUAAUUUUUUUUACGAUCCUCUAUAGAUAAUUUUUCUGUAAACUAUAUGAUCGGCUUUUUUAAUAUAAAUUAGGGUAUGUAAGGCAUAAUGUAUUCUUCAGUUAUGUGAUAAAUAAAUGCGGCCCACUUUUCGUAAUAAA